CUGGGCUGUGUUCUUUCUCCUCUGUCUGUGUGCGAAUGCACAGACGGUUCACUAGUAAUUUGAUGUGUGUCCCCGGGGACAUUUGAUGGAUUAAAGCUAAGCAGCUCCAUUUCGUAGCACCACCUGAUCUUCCACUGCCUGUGCCCCAUAUAAAGGCUGGCGUGAUUGCUGAUCUCAGCUAGUCUGACAGUCACUCUCUCUCCCUCUCUCACCCUCCCUCUCUCUAUCCUCCGUGUCUCUCUGUGUCUCUUCUCUUUCUCGCUGGUCCCUUAAGCCUGCUGCAUCACAGGAGCUAUCCAGUGCUGAACAGGAUCUUUUUUUAUUCUUUUUUUUUUUUUGGAAGCUGGGGGGGAGGCAUCGAGAGGCAACGCCGCGUCGCGUUCUCUCUGGUUUCCAUUUUCUUUCCCAUCCUAUGUUUUGGGCUGUUGUCUUUUCCAUUAGACACACGGAUUUACUGUCAAUCCACGCUCCCCGCCUGUGUGUGUGCGCGUGCGUGCGUGCGUGCGUGUGUCUGUGUGUGUGUGUGCGUGCGUGAGAAGCGCUCUCCUCUUUUUUGUUGCUUUUUUUUUUUUCCUUCUCCUGUCCACUGCUCAUGCUUUCUCUCAGCUCCCUGUUUUGACCCGCUGCACCAUGCCCCGCUCAUUUUUGGUGAAGAAAAUCAAGCUUGAUGAUUUCUCCUCGGCCACCUCCAACCACCACCACCACCACCACCACCAUCACCUGGACGACACCUUCACUUUUUCACGCUCCAUCACAGACUCCGUCACCAGCUUGGGGGUCCGUCUCAGCGAGAAUGGCUACAUCCAGGAUUACAUCACGCCAUCUGUGUACCAGGGGGAGAAGAAGAUGGAGCACAAGCUGGCCUCCCCCGUGUCGGACCCCCUGUACGCCCAGGGGGCGAACAGCGGCGGCGAGGAGUACUGCGAGCCUGACCUGGAGCACCCCGACAGCCCGCAGUCCGGCAUGACGGCCAGCGGCUUCUACAGCGGCGAGUCGGACGCGCUGGCCGAGGGCUACACCAUGGAUGCCUUCUUCAUCUCCGACGGCCGCUCGCGGCGGAAGAGGGACAGCGAGUCCCGCAGCGGCGGCGGCGGCGGCGGCGGCUCGGGCUCACGGAGCAGCGCCUCCAGCACGCCGGCGCCGGAGGAGAGGGGUUCCAGCUGCGGCACGGCGCGCCACAGCUGCAACGAGUGCGGCAAGACGUACGCCACCUCGUCCAACCUCAGUAGACACAAGCAGACGCACCGCAGCCUGGACAGCAAGAUGGCCCGCAAGUGUCCCACCUGCGACAAGGUGUACGUGUCCAUGCCGGCGCUGGCCAUGCACAUCCUCACCCACGACCUCAAGCACAAGUGUGACGUGUGCAGCAAGGCGUUCAGCCGGCCCUGGCUGCUGCAGGGCCACAUGCGCUCGCACACGGGGGAGAAGCCGUUCGCCUGCGCCCACUGUGGCAAGGCCUUCGCCGACCGCUCCAACCUCCGUGCCCACAUGCAAACACACUCUGCCUUCAAGCACUACAGAUGCAAGCGUUGCAAUAAGACCUUUGCCCUCAAGUCCUACCUGAACAAGCACUACGAGUCGGCUUGCUUCAAGGGCUCCGCGGAUGAAGACGGAGAAGACGAGGAGUCCGGGUCGGAGAUCUGACCGCGAGAAGGAAAGAGAAAGAGAAAAUAAAUAAAAACCCAGUUGACGGUUUUCAACCAACAAUCCUUUCCACUCUACCCUCCAUGCCUUUUUUCUUCCCUUUUUUUAGAAAGCAAUAUUUUCACUGAGAUUACGUGAAGAAACUGCUGAUUAUGGCAAAAGACAAUUUAAAAAAAAAGAUGCUGGAUUUCCCCCCCUGCACAGUAGCUAAUAGUCCACAGAAACAUACAAUCAAACAAACUACCCCCAAAUAAAAAAACCUGUAGAAGUUAGUUUUACACAAAUGACUAACAUGUACACAAGAACACACCACACACAAACACGUACAUAAAGACACAUGCACGUGAGCACACAUACGCACGUACAUCAACUUAUACAACACACAAACACAAUUAUAUAUGAGGCCUGGCAUGUGAAUUUUUAUCAAUGACUAUAAUGAUAUUGAUACCAAUAGUAAUAAUAUUUAGAUUCCUGAUAUUUUAUAGCAAAUAGUACACAAAAAUGAACAAAAAAAAAAACAUAAAAAGGACUGUAAGUGUUCUUUUGUUUUCUAGAGACAAAAUGACCUCUUGUAUUUUUAUGCUGCUUUUUAUUUGCUAAGAAUUGAAUUCUUUUGCAACUGCCAACAUGAACUUUUUAUGAAAAUGUGAACUAUGACAGUAUUUGCAAAAAAGGGAGAUCAUUUUAAAAGGUAAAAAAAAAGACAAACUCCUUUUUGCCACAGCAAUGUUUCAAUUUAACGGAUGUUAUUUUUCUAUUUGAUUUUUUAAAACUUAUUUUUUUGUGCUAAUUAUCCCAAGUAUCUUUGUAACUGUGGGUAUUCAAAACAAUGUUAAGCCAAACUCAUAGUAGACGACAUAAGCUUAGAAAAACAACACCACCAUGGGCCAUAGGUCAUACAGCCAACUGUAAGGAGCAGUUGAUGAAGGCGCAGACCUGUUGAACAGGUCGCCGCCACUCUGCACACACUUUGUUUGAGAUUCAGAUUCAGGUGUUCACUCUCGUGACAUUAAAAGAACGGUCACACACACACACACACACACACACACACACACACAUACACAUGGGAGCCAAACCAAAAUAAGUAUUGUUGCAAGUGCCAUGAUCAGUGAUCCGUCUAUAGCAAUGACCCGCCCCCCCCCACCCCUUCCUGUUCUUCCUGUACACUUCCGCCGCGGUGGCUUGCAUGAACUCUGCUGCCUUUUACGGUGCGUGUCGUCAUCACCAAACACCCAGUCUUAACAAGCAAUCUCCACAAAUACCCCCCUCCCUCACCCCUCUCCCUCCCCACUUUUUACCUCAUCGAUCAACGGACAUGGACUCAAAAUGCACCCUCAGUUACAAAGUGGCUGUUUGUUCUUCCCUCUUUGUACGUCACUGACCCCCCCCCCCCCCCCCCCCCCCUGGCCCAUGGUUGAGACCCACACCAUCAAUGAAUCAUGUAAAUACUAAACAGUAUUUAUUUAUCUAGCUAUUUAUUUAUUUAUACACGUAUUUAUUUCCUUAUGUAUUUAACAAAGGAUUGUUAAUUGAUUGAUCAUCUAUUUAUUGUUUGAUUUGUCCAUUUGUUUAUUUAUUGUUUGUUACUUUCUUUUUUUGUAUUUUUCUAUUUAUUUGUGAACAUCCAUUGACCUUGUAAGAUGCUGCUGAUCUUCAAAGAAAAUGUUUAUAUGCAUGAAACUGUAGAGAGUCCAGGAGGGCUUAGAUUUCUUUUUUGUUUUUUAAAGAGGAACAAUGUAUCGUAUCAGUAGUAGAGUACUUCCAACAACUGCAAACAAAAUUAUUUUUGUUUCGCGCAAUAACUUUACAGGGAUAACAAUCAACGCUGUCCUCUUCUCAGUCAACUUGGGGCAAUAAAAUGACACAAUGAAAAUGAAAUGAUAAGGCAUCUGACAACUUCUUGGCCUCGGCCACCAAAAUCUGGCAAUAAUCCCCUUCAGUAGUUGAUGUGUUUUGUAGCUGAGCUUAUAAAAGGCCAUUUUGUCUAUUUGUAGGUUUGCAAAUCGUUAAACCCAUAGAAAGGCAUAAUGUGGAUGUGCAUUGUAUUUUCAAGGGACAAAUGAUCAGCAAUAAUGCAAUAAUGUUAGUAACAUUAUUAUUAAUAAUAAUAAUAAUAAUAAUAGUAAUAAUACUACUAAUAGUAAUAAUAAUAAUGCAGUAAUCCUGAGCACAGCAUUAUUCUUUACAGUAUCACAUUAAACUUGAUGCAAUAAGUUUGGGCAUUUUUUCCAAUGUUCUGCUUUUCUUUCACUCUUUGUUUUACUUUAGUUUUUAAUAGAAAAUUAAAAACAAAAAAAAUUGAAUUUCCCAUAAAUACUGAGAAGGCACCAUUAAAUGAAUUGCUGGAAGAAAACAAAAGGGAGACUAAAUAAUUAUAAUUAAUUUGGGGGUUGGAGAGCACUUGAAUCAAAGUCGCUACGCCUUGUGAAUAUCUGCUAGCUUAUUGUACAACACCCAGUGCAACUAACCAUACAAAGAAAAUCAUAACACUUAAAACCACAAUCAAACAGGAAACUUCUUUUUGUAACUCAAGACGGUAAUAAAAACCGAAACAAUAACCAGCAAUAACAACAAUUUCAUGAUAACAAUACUACUUUCUUCUUAUAAUGCCAGGUUUGCGUAGGGAGACAACGAGGCCGGGUAGUUGUUGAUAAAAGCCAAAGCGCAGCGUGCUCCACCUCAGAGCUGCCCCCCGUACCUCGCUGGGCGUCCUCAGCGCGUCCAUGCGGCCUGCUGGUUGGACGCUCGGAGCAGGGAAUGUUGUGAAGGGGGCUUGGCGGAGGGCUGCGGCGAGUGGGAGGAUAACAGGUGUUUGGAGACAGACUGCAGAUAGGGAGAGUAAUUGAGUCGGUGAGCGACCUCCAAGGAGAAGGUCAAGCACCAGCAGGCAAAUGCACUGUCAGCCAUUUGCAUAUUCUAAAUGGGCGACACAAUCACAGUAAUGGGGAGGUUGUCGUUAGAAAAGGGAGAAAAAGAGAGAGAAAAAAAAAAGAACAGUGCUGAGCGGGCAUUGGGAAAAUAUGGGAUUUCUGUCUUGGUUUUAAUUUAUUUUUACUUUAGGUAUCCCUUUAAAAUGUCCUCAGCCACCUUCCGCUGGUCAUGUGAGCACUAUGGCUGAAUGGCUGUGAAAGCGUGUCCAGGCCACCUGUCUCUUCAUUAAAUUUCAUUAAGGCGGUUAGUCAUGUUGCUUCAUCAUAUUUGCAUCACAACACUUCCCCUUUUUUCAAAAGAAUCCCUUUUUUAUUUAGAUAUAUAUUUAAAAAAGACGUAUAAAUUGUGAGAUAAGAUAUAAAAAAAUGAAAAAUAAAAAAAUCCAAUUCAUUUCAAAACUGAACUUGUAUCAGAACCAAGUAGCAUUAGCGUAACAUUAGUAUUAUCAUAGAUUAUCCAAACAAUGGAUGCUAAUGUAAUCAGGGAGGCACAAGACGAUUCUACUGAUUUAAAAAAACUGAUUUUGAACCUAGAUGUAGGGAAACAUUGUUCCUCUUUGAUAAAUGUGUAAAUAUGUUUGUAAAUAUACCACAGCAAUAAUAUGACAAUGCAUGUAGACAUUUAAUUGCUCCAAAUUUCAUUUUUUUUACUCAAGUUGUCUUUUUAAUAAAAGACAAAUACAGGUAAUAAUUGCAGACUGGGUGGCAAUGUGAAUCAGGGAGUGUAUCGAUUAAAAGCUAUCUGUCAUAAGUCGACCAAACUACAUGCUCUGUGUACUGGGUUUUCAUCAUGUUCUCUAGAAUAUCUUUUUUUUUCCUUUCUUUUUGUUUAUGUGCUCGGCUUGGCUGUGCAAUGAAAAGUGCCAAAAAGUAUGAUUUCCAUGACAAAAGCCUUCAACAUAUGGUCGCCUGUUUGAAACCUUCCAUAUGGUCUUCAUAAGAAAAAGAAAAAAACACCCUGAUUUAGAUUUUCCACUUUCUAUCUCAUUAUCGCUCUUCUUAUAAUCUCUCCACUCAUUUGUUGCAGCUGAUUAAGAAGACACCGAAGCCAUGAUGGAUGGGGGGGGGGUGGUUCAUAGUGUUCUGCUACAGUUAAUCAUGAUGACAAUAAUAAUGAAUAAAAACAAUAGCACAAGUAAA